AACUGUUCUUGGUUAUUUAUCACCCUCAGAGAUACUCACCUAACCAUUUAGCAGAAGAUAAUAUUUAUAUAGUACUUUUGAAAAAAAAAAUACGUGUCAUUCUCAAACCGUGUGCGUGAACCCGCGAGGUGCGUUCACGUGUCAAGCGAGAGGAGCGUAUUUCGGAAGACUUUCCGGAUUCGGGAUUCGGGAUUUGGGAUCGGGACGUCCAGGCUCGGAAACAAGUUCGGUACUAGAAGGUCCAAAAACGUGAAAAUAGCGAGCAAAUAUGGACAAGAAGUGGCGGGCGGACUGAGCCUUUACCCCGGGGCCUGGCGGUGCCAUGGCGUCCCGGUUGCUGGACCGCUUGAAGCGCUCGCUCUUCAAAGGCGAUCAGGGGGCGGGGCCCGAGCAGGAAGCUGCAGGCGGGGCGGCGGAGCGGGGGUGGAGCGAGGACCGCUGGGAGGCGGAGCUCGAGGAGGAGGACGAGUGCGUGACGGAGCGACUCGGCGGCACGCUGUCCUUCGACGGCCGUGGCGAGGCGGAGGAUGAGGCGGAGGGGGAGGGGUCGGGGCUGGAGAGCGACUCGGACUUCCUGGGAGAAUCCAUAGAGGAGGGGCCUAGCAGUACAGACGCCAGUCCUCUCGGCCCCUCCCCCUCCGGCCUGCUGACUCGGCAGCUGCAGGAGAGCUGGCGGAGCCUGCGUGGGCCGGGAGGAGGAAGCCCCGCCCACAAGGUGCAGCGCCAGGCGGACAGUUUGUCGUUCGAGGUGACGGACGCCAGCGUGGUGCAGGACGGCUCCUCCAAGUACGUGCUCUACACCGUCCACGUCGUCCAGUCCGGCGCCAGCGACAGGACCCCGGCCGUCAUCACCCGCCGCUAUUCCGACUUCCGCCGGCUGCACGCCACCCUGCGCCGCCGCCACGGGGACCAGAUGGAGCGCGUGGUCUUUCCGCGUAAGAAGAUGCGCAAGAACUUCACGGCCGAGACCAUCGCCAAGCGCAGCCGCGCCUUCGAGCAGUACCUGUCUCACCUGUGCUCCCUCUCUGGCCUCGGGGGGGCGCCGUGCGUGCGGCAGUUCUUCUACCUGGCCGACCUGCAGACUGGACAGCUGCUCAUCAGGGUGGGGCGCUACCAGGACGCCCUGGGUCCGCUGCUCAACGCCAAGAGGCUUCAGGACAAACUGGGCGGGGUCAUGCCCUGCGAUCCUCCCCCGGGCUCCUCCCACUGGUUGUUCACGCUGGUGGGACUGGCCUGUUGCUUCCAGGAAGUGGACCAGCAGGAGGAGGCCCGGGACCACGUGGACCGCGCCCUCCGGCUCCUGGCCCCCGCCGGCCAGAAGCCAGGUCCGGACAGGCCACACCCACUCCUGCUGCCGCUCUUGCGGGCCGCCGUGCGCCUGUCCUGGCAGACGGGGAGGGACAAACGGCGGUGGGAGGAGCUUCUGCAGGCGCUGGAGGAGCAGUGGGCGGGGCUUGGCGAUCAGCCAAGCAUCAAGGAGUUUCUGGUCAAUUGUGGCCUGCAGGAGGACCAGGAGGAGGUCUAGUCGCACGUGCACGCCCCUCACGCACGUGCACGCCCCUAAACAACAAACAGUAGGGCCUUCCUUUUAUUACACUUUUUAUUAUGAUUGCUAGAUGUCAUAUCUCCAUCAUUUUGAAGAAAAACGGGAUAUUUUCUAUUGGAUAUUAAACGGAUUGUAAAUAGAUAUUAUUAUCAUAGUUCUUAGAAAAUAUGUUAUGUAUUUUCAUAGAAGAUACGCUUUAUGUUGAGUGAAUUACGUGUGUGUGUGUGUGUGUGUGUGUGUGUGUGUGUGUGUGUGUGUGUGUGUGUGUGUGUGUGUGUGUGUGUGUGUGUGUGUGUGUGUGUGUGUGUGUGUGUGUGUGUGUGUGUGUGUGUGUGUGUGUGUUGUAUUUCUACCCAUCUUGAGACAUCAACAAGGAAAAGUAAGCGAAAUGUUGGUCCUAAUAGGGAAAACCAUUGCAUUUAAUAGAGCCAAAUACUAAAAUCUGUGAACAUUGCUCCAAAGUCAGGAUUUAUUUUGUUGUUGAUUUAAUGUGCAUACAAAAGUAACAUUGACAGGUGCAAAGGCAGCAAUAUAUAAUACGAAAAGAUAAAGAAGGACUUCCCUAUUCCACCCCGAAAAAACCAGCCAGCUGAACAGCUGAUCUUACAACUUUAGAUUGCUGACGUAAGACAAACCAUAUGUUAGCAUAGGAUGAACAAAUACACUACGCUAUUAAGACUAUAGUGGCCAUUAACUGUUAGCUUCUACAGCUGGUUUGCCCAAAGUGCGGCACAGGGGCCAUCUGUGGUCCCUGACUCCUUUGUCAUCGGCCUUAAGCAUGUUACAAAAAACAAAAAAAUAGAGAUCUCAUUUGCACCCCCUGGUGGUGACAUCCAUCAAAAUGAGGGUGCUCCCAAAAAGAAAGGAUGUUGCUUUUAAAAUUGCUCCCCCUCUGGUCAACAUAUGAAAUAACAAGUGUUUGUAAAAAUGAAAAAGUUCUCCCCCUCUGGCCAACAUAUGAAAUAACAAGUGUGUGUAACCAUCAUACCUACUCAGUGGCCUAGUGGUUAGAGUGUCCGCCCUGAGAUCGGUAGGUCGUGAGUUCAAAUCCCGGCCGAGUCAUACCAAAGACUAUAAAAAUGGUACCCAUUACCUCCCUGUUUGGCACUCAGCAUUAAGGUUUGGAAUUGGGGGUUAAAUCACCAUAAGUGAUUCCCGGGCGCGGCUCCGCUGCUGCCCACUGCUCCCCUCACCUCCCAGGGGGUGAUCGAGGGUGAUGGGUCAAAUGCAGAGAAUCAUUUCCCCACAUCUAGUAUGUGUGUGACAAUCAUUGGUACUUUUAACUUUACUUUAACUUUAACUUACAUGAAAUAACAAGUGUGUGUACAAAUUUAAAAAAUAUUAAAAUUUAAAAGUGUUCCCUCUCUGGUCAACAUAUGAAAUAACAAGUGUUUGUAAACAUUUAAAGUACUCCCACUCUGGCCAACAUAUGAAAUAAUAAUUGUGUUUAAAAAUGUGAAGUGCUCCUUCUCUGGCCAACAUAUGAAAUAACAAGUGUGUGUAAAAAUAAAUAAAAAAAUUAAAAUUUAAAAGUGCCCCUUCUCUGGUCAACAUAUAAAAUAACAUGUGUGUGUAAUAAUUUAAAGUGCUCCCCCUCUGGCCAACAUAUGAAAUAAUAAGUGUGUGUAAAAAUGUGAAGUGCUCCCCCUCUGGCCAACAUAUGAAAUAAACAGUGUGUGUACAUAUUAUUAAAAUGUAAAAGUGCCCCCCUCUGGUCAACAUAUGAAGUGAAGUGAAGUGAAGUAUAUUUAUAUAGCGCUUUUCUCUAGUGACUCAAAGCGCUUUACAUAGUGAAAUGAAAUAACAAGUGUUUGUAAAAAUUUAAAGUACUCCCCCUCUGGUCAACAUAUGAAAUAACAAGUGUGUGUAAAAAUUUAAAAAAAUAUUACAAUUUAAAAGUGCCCCUUCUCUGGUCAACAUAUAAAAUAACAAGUAUGUGUAAACAUUUAAAGUGCUCCCCCUCUGGCCAACAUAUGAAAUAAGUGUGUGUAAAAAUGUGAAGUGCUCCUUCUCUGGCUAACAUAUGAAAUAAACAGUGUGUGUACAAAUUAUUAAAAUUUAAAAGUGCUCCCCUCUGGUCAACAUAUGAAGUGAAGUGAAGUGAAGUAUAUUUAUAUAGCGCUUUUCUCUAGUGACUCAAAGCGCUUUACAUAGUGAAAUGAAAUAACAAGUGUUUGUAAACAUUUUAAGUACUCCCCCUCUGGUCAACAUAUGAAAUAACAAGUGUGUGUAAAAAUUAAAAAAAAUAUUACAAUUUAAACGUGCCCCUUCUCUGGUCAACAUAUAAAAUAACAAGUAUGUGUAAACAUUUAAAGUGCUCCCCCUCUGGCCAACAUAUGAAAUAAUAAGUGUGUGUAAAAAUGUGAAGUUUCCUUCUCUGGCUAACAUAUGAAAUAAACAGUGUGUGUACAAAUUAUUAAAAUUUAAAAGUGCUCCCCUCUGGUCAACAUAUGAAGUGAAGUGAAGUGAAGUAUAUUUAUAUAGCGCUUUUCUCUAGUGACUCAAAGCGCUUUACAUAGUGAAAUGAAAUAACAAGUGUUUGUAAACAUUUUAAGUACUCCCCCUCUGGUCCACAUAUGAAAUAACAAGUGUGUGUGUAAGAAUUAAAAAAAUAUUAAAAUUUAAAAGUGCCCCUUCUCUGGUCAACAUAUAAAAUAACAAGUGUGUGUAAACAUUUAAAGUGCUCCCCCUCUGGCCAACAUAUGAAAUAAUAAGUGUGUGUACAAAUAAUAAAAAUUUAAAAGUGCUCCCCUCUGGUCAACAUAUGAAGUGAAGUAUAUUUAUAUAGCGCUUUUCUCUAGUGACUCAAAGCGCUUUACAUAGUGAAAUGAAAUAAGUGUUUGUAAACAUUUUAAGUACUCCCCCUCUGGUCAACAUAUGAAAUAACAAGUGUGUGUAAAAAUGUAAAGUGCUCCCCCUCUCGUCAACAUAUGAAAUAACAAGUGAGUGUAAGAAAUGGAAAUGCGCCUCCUUUGGCCAGAAUUAAUACCAAGAAAUAAAAUAAAUAUGUAUAUAGAGACAUACUGUAAUAACUUGAAGUGAAUAAUGAUCAUUAAAAACCAAUUACAAAAAAAAAUAACUAACAGCUUACCUUUUUAUAUUUGCAUAGUAUGUAUGCAUAAAUUAUUAAUGUUGCAAAUACACAUCUUUAUAUAUCUAGAAAGGGUGGUCCUAACAAGGUAGGCUUUUUUUCCCCGGAUGUCUCAAGGAGGUAAGAAAUACAAGAAGGUGUGUGUGUGUGUGUGUGUGUGUGUGUGUGUGUGUGUGUGUGUGUGUGUGUGUGUGUGUGUGUGUGUGUGUGUGUGUGUGUGUGUGUGUGUGUGUGUGUGUGUGUGUGUGUGUGUGUGUGUGAUGCUGGUUGAAACUUGCUUGUAAGGUGACAAGAGUGGAUGCGGUUGCCAUGGAGACCAGCAUGAGGGAUGGAAAUAGACUCUGGAUUCAAGGGAACAUGUGACCGUGAUGACGUCAUCGCGUCGCUUUUAUAAAAUGUGACUUUAGUUGAACGCCAGUCUAAGUCGACUUUGUUGCGUUGUAAAGGGAGCACAGGUGGAAAAUGUGUUUAUUUGGACAGUUCUCUCUGGCGCCACAUUGUGGUCACUUGGGUGGGAACAGCUGCUGGAGCACAGGUGUCAAACUCAAGUCCCGGGGGUCAGUCAGUCCUGGGCCGGAAGUAAAAUACCCCAAUAAAGCACUUCAUCUUUUCUUACUAAA